AUCAAAAUCAUAACAACCGCCAUUUUUUAUUAUCGCCGAUUGCAGCAGUGGGCACGCACAUUUGUGAAAAACUCCGCCAAAGAAAAGUGGGUGCUUACAAAAGUGGCAAGCAAAAGUCUCGUUCUGCCGACACCCGCAAUUGUUUCCCGUACGUUUUAAAGACCGAAGGAUAAGUGAGCAGUGUCGAUAAAUUGUGAGUUUCAGUUUUGGGCAGGAUUCCGCCAAAGGCAAAUUUUACCGUGGCAAUCGUUUGCUAGCGCUUGCCAUAAGUUUGCUUUUGUGCGCGCGUAUGUGUAAGUGUGUGUGUGUACGAAGAGUAGGCGAGUGAGCGAGAAGGAGUGUGACUGAGCGCGCGUACGAAGAGGAAGCACUAACACACGACCACCACAGUGAACGAAAGUGACGCGCGGUCGCUUCACAAAAACACUCGAAGCAAAUUCCAUCCGCUAUCCGUAAGGGCACGCCGGAAAAGCUAUCCGGUUUCCACUUUACGGUGCAUUACUGCCCAUUCGGCUACGUGUGCAUAAUUGUCACAUUAAGUGUGCUCAACUUCCCCUCUUACCACCACCGUCAUCAUCAUCAUCAUCAUCAUCAUCGACGUCGUCUUCGGCUUGGCGUCGGCUUAUCGGACGGCUUAAUUAGUUGUGUGUGUGCGUGUGAAGGUGCGUACGCGCGGGCACCAGCCAGCAUACGUGCGGACCCGUAGUCAUCAGUCAGCAAAAGCAGUCUCAGUGGUGGAAGCCUUCAAGUGCAGGAAACGGCGACGGAAGCAUCGACUCGUAGAAGCAGCAGUAGGCGGUGGUGCAGUUUCUAAGCAGCAACCAGCAUAAAAUAAACAAAAAUGUCUGAUAGCACGGGUUACGCCGUCAACGAUCUCGUCUGGGCCAAAAUGAAGGGAUUUUCGCCAUGGCCAGGCCGUAUCUCGGUUCCUCCGGCAGAGCUGCGUAAAAUUGCGGUCAAAAAGAACAAUCCAGUGAAGUGCAUUUUCUUUUUCGGAUCCAACAAUUAUGCUUGGAUUGAGGAAACGCAAAUCAAACCCUAUCUGCAGUUCAAGGAUACGCACCUAAACUCUUCCAAAAGUGCCCAGUUCAAAGAGGCGUUGAAACAGAUCGAAGAAUUCCGCGUGAAUCCGGAGAAAUUUCAGCCUCUGUUUGUUGGUGAAAACGAAGCCGCCAACCGUCCGGAUCCGGACGAGGAGUUCAAUAGAUUGCGCGAGGGCGUCGCCAGCGGAACGGAAGAAAGCGGGGCCGAGGAUGGAGCUUCCGUGAACAACACGACGACGCCUGCCGUCUUGGAAUCCGUGGACGAGGCCACCUCGACACCGAUGGUGAAGAAGUCGGCCAAGAAGAAAGUACGUGCCUCGUUGCCUAUCAAGUUGAACGUGGAUAAGGUGACUUCGGUUACAAAGCCGCGUUCGGUUGGCAACAAAGCCAAAGCGAUGCUUGAUGAUGGUGUGUCCGGUGCACCGUCGCCCAAACGCAAGAAGAAGCUGUUGAACGAUUCCGGUGAGCUAUCCUCGCUGGACGCUAGCCCGGUGAGACGCAAUGCGCCUGUCACGCAUCUGCUGAACCGUCCGGUGACCGUAACCCGGCCGGAGACGCCCGAAAUCGAUAUGUCGAGCGUAUCGAAUGCGGUACAGUCGCGCAAUAUCAAGGCAUCCCAGCUGAAGUUCGGUUUCCUCGGGCUGGGCGUGAUGGGAUGCGGGAUUGUGAAAAAUCUGAUCAAAUCCGGUCACUCGGUGGUGGUUUGGAAUCGUAGCGCGCACAAGUGCCGCAAGUUCCAGGAGGUCGGUGCAGAGGUUGCGGACACACCGUCGGAUGUGGUCGAAAUGACCGAUGUUACGUACUCCUGUGUGUCCGAUCCGCAGGUUGCAAAGGAUAUGGUGUUCGGUAAUUGCGGCGUUAUGUCGGCUAACCUGGCUGGCAAGGGUUAUGUUGAGAUGACUGGCGUCGACCCGGAAACCUCCAAUGACAUCAAUGAAGCAAUCAUCUCCAAAGGAGGCCGUUAUUUGGAAGCACAAAUACAAGGCUCGAAGAAUCAAGCGGAAGAGGGAACACUUAUCAUACUGGCCAGCGGUGAUCGGUUGCUAUUCGAAGAAUGUCAGAGCUGCUUCGAGGCCAUUUCCCGCAACUCAUUCUAUCUGGGCGACGUUGGCAAUGCGACAAAAAUGAACUUGAUUCUUCAGAUGAUUUCAGGGAUCACGCUUGCCGGAGUGGCAGAGGCUAUGGCACUAGCGGAUCGCGCUGGACUGCAGCAAAAGGACGUACUGGAGGUGCUUGAGUUGACCAACAUGUCGUCAGAGAUGAUGCUGCAGAAAGGAAACGCUAUUAUCAAGGGCGAAUUCCCAACUCAUCAGGCAUUGAAGCACAUGCAGAAGGACCUGAAGCUGGCACUGAGCCUAGCGGAUGGGCUGGAGCAAUCGUUGCCCAUCACAGCUGCCUCCAACGAGGUGUACAAGCACGCCAAACGUCUCGGCUACGGUUCGCACGAUGCCAGUGCGGUCUACGUGCGGGCACGGUUUUAACAGCGACCGGGCGGACGACCGUCGUAAAGAACCGACCACACAGUGUGCGGCAGGCGAACAGCAAACCGAAGUAGUAGGACGAAAGAGGUAGUAGUAAUGUCGAUAGUAGGAGAAAAGAGGGACGAACAUUUGGAUGUGAAACGCGUGUUGGAUACAGCGCAGCGAACCAUCCAUUUGCAUGUGCUAUUUGUGUCUUGCUACCGAUCUGUCGCAGUAGAUCACGUUUUGCUCUGCUCGAUUGGCUCUCCGUUAAUGUAGUGUAGACUUGUGGAAAUGACGAUUUCUGUAUGCCAGAUUUUACAUGCGUUGUGGCUUAUUUUAAUGUCUUUUAUUGAAUGCCAAUCACGUGCUGGAUCGUAAGACAAGCAUUGUGGCUAUUAAUGGUGAAAGAUGACAUACCCGCUUGUUGACGGUAUCGAAGCAUCUUUUUUUUUAGUUCAUGUUGAAGGUGAAAAACAUGUUUUGCCUGUUUCAUAGCAUGAGUAUAGUUGAAACAUCGAUGUGAGUUUAAACUUACAGCAUUUAUUCAUUUAGGGAAAUUAAAAAUGGGACGAAAAUUGACUUUCAGUUCUAAUCGUAACGUUUGCAGGUUUGAGGCGACCGUUCUUAACUGUUUUUGUCGUCACGGUUUUUUUUUGUUUAAUAUGCAUGCACACGUAUGGUGGCGAUCGAGUAAGGACAGCAAAUAGAGCAAACGGCUCUAGAUACUAGCAGACACACAAUGCACAGUCGAAGCUGCAAUAGGGAAUCCUGUUGAAAGAGGGUAUAUAAAUAAUUUUAAAUUUGGAAAUCGUUUUUCCUUUUUUUAGUUUCUUUACAUGUUCAACAUAUUUUCUCUUAGAUUUAACGAUUGCGAAAAGAUAACUAUGCUGUUUUGUAGCUGCCCCGUACACUGUCCCCAAAACAAACGGCAACAAGCAAGAGCGAGUGUUUAUAUCGUUCUAACGUUUAGCAGGAAAGCUAUAGGCGAUAAAUAGCAUCCCAAAUUCUUUUUAUAAUUUUAGUUAGAUUUCAUUAGCGCGCACGUGUGUGUGAAGCUGUGUAAUAGCGUCUAGUUGCUGCACUUGCAUCAAAGUUGUUUUCUUCUUCUUUUUUUAUUGCGAAACACCUUCAAUUGUGCGUACUAAUAAUAUUGGUCUUUUCAAGUUGAAUUCAAAUCACUUUUCCACGAAACUGGAUUAAAAGUUAGAACAGUGCGUUUGCGUGUGUAAGUACAACAUUUCAUCGCUAUCAUACGGACUGACUCUUAGCGAAUGAAGUAGGUGUAAAACAAAAACAAAACAAAAAAAAACAUCGGUAGAAAAUCACUUAAACUACACAUGUCCCCAAUUCAUAUUUGUUGUUUAACAAAAAGGUAAAAUCACGAUAUAGCGAAACUA